UUAUAUAUAUGUACACACACAGGACAUAAAGAUGAAUUUUUAUCGUGCUCCUUAUAUUUUUCUCAAGAGCUUCGAGAAAGAAGAUGCAGGCAAGCGAUAGGUUUAACAUCAAUUCCCAACUCGAACAUCUCCAAGCCAAAUACGUUGGAACUGGCCAUGCUGAUCUUAGCAGAUUUGAAUGGGCGGUGAACAUUCAACGAGAUAGCUACGCGUCAUAUAUAGGGCAUUACCCAAUGUUGGCUUACUUUUCCGUGGCUGAAAAUGAAUCCAUUGGAAGAGAGCGCUACAACUUCAUGCAGAAAAUGCUUCUGCCUUGUGGUCUGCCUCCGGAGAGGGAAGAUGAUUAAAAGCUGUUGCUCCGGCUGUGAAGUGAAAUGUUAGUUAGUCCAAUCUUUUCCCAUCAGGCAAGAUAUUUUCCUAAUUGAAAUAUCCAUCAAUAUCGUGUUUAUUCUCAACUUGAAGUAUGAAGUUAUGUCGUAGUGGUGAGUAUUGUGUCCGUAGCAAGAUUUCUUGAAUUCUAGUACCUAUUUAAUUCCUAAAACGUGCCUGGUCAUCUUGCUUAUUCUGGGUUUGCAG